AUGUCGGGUCCUUAUAACCCUAAUCUCUUUCCCACCCACGAUCUUCAAACUACACAGUAUCAGUAUGUAUCACAGAUUGUGUACGAGUAUAAUAAGAUUUCACCCAUUUUGCAAUCUCUACCAAUUUGCAACCGAUUACUCAAUCAAGAGUUUUCUAGGGUUUCAGGACAAUCGGUAAAUCAAGUUUUGGGUGAACAUGAAAUAUUAAAUGAUAUGAGCUUCUUUUCAAAUGGGCAAAAUCCUAUGGCUAAUUCAAAUGAUAUGAGCUUCUUUUCACAACAGAAUCUAAGUAGACCAUCUGGAAUGUUACCACCAAAUCCAAUUCCUGUAAAUGUGAAGAAAGGCUUGCGUUUAUAUAUUCCUGUAAAUGAUGAUCAAAAUAACCAAUUUAUUAGGAGCAUUGGGGGAUCAAAUAACACUAUUGUGAAAAGGUUAGAAGAGUUAACAGAUUGCAGGAUAAGAGUUAAUGGAACAGGCUCAUUGAAUAAUCCUUACAUGGAAGAUCGGUUGAGGGAUAAGCCCGGUUUUGAACACUUGAACGAGCCUUGUAACAUCUCCAUUGAAGCCGAUUUACCAACAGAUAUCAUUGAUUUGCAAAUAAGACGUGCAUACAAUAUGCUACAGGAAAUGGCCAAACCAAUGCAAUUGCAAGUGGGGUCUUUCUACAAUCCAAGUCCUAGCUGCGAUGUACCAAUGAUUGAAUACACCAAUCUUUACCAAAUUGGACCUUAA